AGUAGGCAUUCGAUCAGGUGUGUUGUGAGGAAGGGAUGUGGUCAGCUCGUGAAUAACAGUACUGUUAAAUCUGGAUUUAUUUCUUACAUGGACCAAUUGAACAUGUGACGUACAUAAAGGAUCCCUGAAUAUUGUUGGAGUGUUGGAUACCUGGAAUAUAUGUGAUUGACAAGUGCUGUCAGCGUCAAUAUCGAAAUUGACAACGGUGUCCAAGAAGCUAAGCAUGUGUUUGUCAAAGGACCGUGUUUGUGGACGGUGUUAUGAGACACCCAUGUCACUGUAAUACCAAACUGAAAGUUUGUCAACAAGUCUUUCUGGAAUUAUCACAGAGAGAGAGGUUAAAAUGUUGCAUGUUGGAUGAAUUCUAAAUUGAAAUUGACGGAUUAACAAAGGAUUAAACGUGUGGAUGUACAUUUCGUAAACGGAUGUCACACACCUGGAUUCCUAAAUUUUUUGGUAAAAUCUCAGCAUAACAUGUGGAUACCAUGGCUUGGACACGACAUGUAUAUUCAUUCUUGAUUGGAUAUUGUCUUUUAGCAGCAUCAUCAGCGCUGUCAUGGAAGAGGAAGCCCCAGAGCCAGAGUGUGGCGGUCGGAGGCAACGUGACGUUUCAUUGUGAAAUUGAUGACCGAGGAGCACGAACGGUCAUCUGGCAUGAUUCUACUUACAAUAUCUUGUUUCAAGAUGGCAACCGAUUCAAUGCACCGGAAAAUUACAUCAUCCAAGGAGAGUUUAAUUUAGUUAUAACAAAUAUUAAAAAAGAAGAUAAUAGACAAUUUAUAUGCAAUGUGAAAGAUCUUGGACUUGAGGCAGCAAAUCUGACCGUUUUGCUGCCUCCGAAUCCACCAAGCAUCGAAGCUAACGCCACGGGGAACCCCUACAGAGAGAACCAAGUGCUGGGCCUCACCUGUAAAUCAAGGGGAGGCAACCCAAACCCAACAAUUCGUUGGUUAAAAAAUGGACAAGUUCAACUUGACAAUAUUAUUAAUAACCCAGCCCCUACAAUAGGGGGGUUAACGUCUAGUCAUUUAGCUAUUGUGUUAGAUAGGACGGAUCACCAAGCUAAUUAUACAUGUGUUGUUUUUAAUGAAGUGAAUGCACAAAAUCCACUCGGGACAUUCCAAGUUUUACAAGUUCAGUAUUCCCCAUUUAUAACAUUCGCACCAUUUGAUGACCUGCUCAACAUUCGAGAUGCAGAGGACGCCACAUUGGAGUGUAACGUUGAUGCCAACCCCCCGGUCUCCACGGUAACCUGGCGAAAAAAUGAUCAACCCCUUACAGGAGUGUCCAAGAGCCGGGUGUUUCGACCAGCCAUUAAGAGUGACGCCGGAGAGUACAUGUGCAUUGCUAACAACGGCAUCAACGGCGCCAAGAACGGAACCAUUAUGCUCAACGUCAUAUAUCCUCCAGUCCUGACAGUCCCAUCUUCGAGAACGGUAGAAGAGGGCUCAUCACUAAACAUCACGUGCAACUACGAUGCUUAUCCAGAGCCGUACCAGGUCCACUGGGAGCGGAUCUCCCCCGGAUCAUUCAGCGUUGACAACAGUCGCCACCUGGUGUUCAGUCGCAUUCUCCGCGACAAUGCAGGAAACUACACGUGUAAAGCGUGGAGUCAGUUGAAAAUCUCUGGCGAGGAGGGAGUCAAUAUCAUGGAACAAGCCUUCACCUACAUCAACGUCGAAUACCCCCCAGGGAGUGCGUUUAUCAGACCGGUCGGUGACUACAACGUGGGUGACAGUGUGGAGCUCAAGUGUUCGGCCAGCCCAGAAGGUUUUCCUGCAGCAACAUUUGAAUGGAAGAAAGACGGAGUUAUCCAGGCCCAGAACGCAGCCUCGUAUCGGAUAAACAACGCACGUUUGUCUGAUAUCGGGGAUUAUAUUUGUACGCCGCAGAACAAAGUCGGACGGGGACAGUCAAGCACUAUUUCAUUAUCUGUGAAUGAGCCUCCAACACUGACGGAAAGUCCGAACAACGCGGAAAUUCACGUCCCACUCUCCGACCCAAAUCCCAUUGAGAUCAAAUGUGUGGCCCAAGGUCGGCCAUCACCCGUCAUCUCCUGGUUCAAGAACAAUGAUGACGUUCCCCUAACAACCCUUUAUCCAAGUUUCUACACCAUCGAACAGACAAAUACAACUGUGAAUUCCCACAGAUUCAUCAUUACAAAUAUUCUCUACUUCAGGGGCGGGGGUCGGAACAUGACGUCGUCGGGCCAGACACGACUGCGGGUAGAGGACAUCGGGAACUACACGUGUCGUGUGGAGGCACCCACCCACACCGCCACCGUCAGCGGCAGGGCCAGCGUCUACGUUCAGUUCAAACCCCUCGUGAGUCUGGGACAGGAACGGGUUGCCGUUGAUGUUGCGGAGACCGCAGCAUUGCCGUGUAUAACUCGUGCCAACCCGACCCCGACCUUCCGCUGGUACAGAGACAAGGUGGAGGUCUCCGAUGGAGGUCGCUAUUCCACGCGUCUGGAGGCACUGGGAGAGACUGCCAAGUACCAGAGUGUGCUGACGAUCCAGGAUGUCACUCAGGGCGACCUCGGAGGGUACACGUGUCGGAUGGAAAACUCGUUUGGGAAUAACUCCAAACCUGUCACGUUGUCUCUGAAAUCGGCCCCGGAAGCCCCCAGUGGCCUGAUGGCAAGAAGCAAGACAUGGGAGUCGGUCUCGCUCACAUGGAACGAGGGGUUUGAUGGCGGUGCACCUCAAGACUUCUUUAUACGCUACAGUGCCGGCAACGACAUCAAGGAGGUGAAGGUCAAACCAUCCAGGGUCGCCUUCUUCAAUGUUACGAAAUUGACUCCCCAUACAAGCUACUUAUUUUUUGUGUACGGACGCAAUAAUCUCGGCCAAGGUGCGUCGUCUUACGGGAUUCCUGUCGUUACUGAUGAAUUGGUGAUACCCUCGCUGGAUAGUCCCCCAUCGUUUGACUCGACCACCCACAUGCUGGUGGUGAAGAUUGGCCUGGAACCGACAUAUUGUCUGAAAGUGGAUAUUCGUACUAAGGAGACCGGAAGUCAGUGGGAGACAGUGUACCCGUGCUUAGAAAUGGUCAGUGACAGCAUUGAGGUUCCCGGUCAAGGGGUCAAUGCGAUGAACGUGUCGGUGUGUCUGAAGUACAGGAUCGACGUCUGCGGCUCUCCCAUGCAAGCUGAAAUAAGCCAGCCACCCAGCCAGGGUUUGACGGAACGUGACGUCAUCAUCAUCGCCUGUGUGUGUGCCAUCAUCAUCGUCACCCUCCUGACAGUUCUAGUCUGUUUUAUCUGCAAGAGAAGGCGCAACCAAGCGAAAGACUAUGCUUCAGAAAAUCCUCCGCGCAGACCCCAACCAAUUAAUGGUAGCGUAACAAAUUCACAAAAAACGCCCCAAGCAUACGACAACACAGGUAUGACACAGUUGGAUGUGCUCGAGUUGGAUGACCCUAGCAUAAAUGGAGCUUUUGCACGUGAUUCUUCUCUGACUAAUAUUAAUAACGGUUAUGGGCCACUGGAACUGAAGAGAAAUGCGUACUUACCUUAUCAGGAAGGACAUCUACGACCAAAUGGCAAUAUCCCACAUGACACGUCGUACGAUUCACAGAAAGAGAAACAGAUAUUUGAAAACGAAAUGAAUCGAAGAAAUGAAAACAACAGCAAAGGUAGCAGGCCAGGAGAGCUGCAGUUCCACGGUAUUCCACGCAGUCCCACAAAGGAGAAGUACAUGGAUUUGGAGGAGAAGAAAGAGGGCAGUCUUCAGUCAGGCCAAGAGAGCGGAUAUUCCACACCAGACCCCAACAAACCCAAAAAGGUCAUAUAUGAAGUCGUUGUCUGAAACUGUCCUGUGUACUAUUGGUGGAUCCCAACACUCCUCACCCUUCACUAGAGCUUGUCCUCAAGCCUGAUUGGUUGAAAAGUCACACUGAAAUGCAUGACAUCAUGCAGAGUAGGUCAGUCUUUUGCCUCUCAUGCUUUGUGGGUCAAAACCUCGUACCUCAUGUGUGUGUGAUAAGACAAAAGAGAACUCCCCUCUCUGUGGGCGUCGCUGCCAAGGGGGGAUAACUGUGAUCGCACUUCCGUGCUCUUGUGCUUCCAAUGUGGCUGCAACCAGAAACUAUCUGACCUUUGUGGAACAGUGACCAUGUAUUGUGAUUCUCAAACUGUGUGCAUGCUUGUGUCCUUGACCCCUGUGGUGACCUUUGUAUGGAAUGACCUUCAGACUGUGUACAACUGCACCAUGAAGUCCUAUUUGCUGCACCAAGUUCGAACUUUGACCCUGAUUGGUCUUCUGACCUUGACCUUGAUACCAUAUGACCUUGACCCUAAAUGAGGGCUGGUAUGGUACAUAUCUGAACAGACAGUUGUGUUUGGUGAAAACAGACGAUUAUAGGACCACCGAACAUGGUUCAGAUGCAAGAUGUUUAACAGUGCAGACAUAUCUCUGAGGAACCGACGCUGCCACUCAGCAUUACAUGAUUAUUAUUUUUAUAUAAAAACGGACAAAACAGAGCUAAAGCUCCUACUGUUUAUAUAUGGUGCUUUCCCAGAAUCAAGUUUGUGUGGCGCUGUGGUGGCUGAUCUAAAUUAAGCAGAAACCACCGAUCCCGUUACUUAUAAUUAUUGUUGCUUGUGUCAUGUGAAUGUAGGUAUGGAAGAGGCUCAACGUAAGGUCGUCUUGCUUACCUUACAACUACUGAAAACUGAAUCCUGCACGUCUUGGUCCUUGUGGACUUCCUGUUUAGAUAUAUACUACUCAAAAGAAGAUCCAGAACACCUGAAUACAGUGAAACCCUGCUAAUCCAGAAACCUUGCCAACUGGACGAUAUUGACAUAAACAAAAUAUGUUCUACUGAUGCUUCAUUUGGUGUCCGGAUCUGGACAGCGAUUUUCAAUUACCAACAUUACAAAAUACACAGUAUUGUAUCCCCCGUGGAUAGCGACCACGUUAGAUUAUGGCCAUGGCUUUAGCUGUUGUCAUGAGGAAAAAAAGGGUUGUUCUUUGACUUCUUUUGAGUAGUAUAAGAAGAAAUAUUUGAAAGGAGUGCAGGGCUCACUUGCACAAAGCGAUCUUAGCGCUAAGAUGAUCAUAACUCCCAUACUUUAGCAUAGGCUUACAAUAGUCUUAGCGCUAAGAUCGCUUUGUGCAAGUGGGCCCAGAUGUACAUGGCAGUAAGUGUAUUACUUUUAAUCUCAGGUUCAGCAUUUAAUAUGUGUACAAUAAUCAAAAUCCCAGACUGUAUGUUUCUGCAUAUACUGAAGAUUAGUUGUAGGCUGGUAGUAUAAUUGUAUAGUAGAGCUACAGCAUAAUACAUGCAAGAGAACAAAUAUUUCUACGAACAAUUUGUAUUUAAUAAAACAUUUUUCAGCUGUUUUGAGACCAAAGCCCAAACGAAAAAAGUUUUUCAUUUUUUGAUAAGUAAAAUCAAGUGUUUUAUACCUGAUUUAUUCCACACACAAUUACCCAAAGAUGCAGCAGUGAUUGGAUGGAAUUGAAUAUACCAUAUUUGGUAUCAUCCAAAUUUGGGGAAUGAUUAUUCAAAUUGAAGAGUAUAACCAUUCACCGUUGUAUUAUUUCUUAUUUAUGAGAUGGAAAGUAAUUUGUAUCGACUUGCAUUUUGAGGGAUGCAACAUGUACUAUGUUGACAAAACGUUAUGAUACUUUGAAAAUAUGGCAUCAAACAGCUGGAUGUUUUAACAUGUGUAAAUACAUUAGGAUUUGAUCGAGGCAAGGGUCCAGUUUUACAAAGUGAUCUUCUCUCUACAACUGUCGUCGCUCCAAUUCUUCAACAAACACAUGUGCAGAUAUCAGGCCCAUGGCUGGCUUCAGCAAAGUGAUCUUAGCACUAAGAUGAUCGUAACUCUCAUUCUUUACUGUUCUUCACGUAGUGCUGUGACUGCUUUGUGAAGUGGCAAAGGUGCCUGUUACAAUAUACGUAACUCUAAGAUCACUUAGUGUAAGUCAAGGUCACUACAAGGAAAAUUAACAUAUUCACUGUGUUACGAUGUUUAAGAAGAGGCCAAAGAGUGACGCUAGUUUCAGAAGUUUUUUGAGAGCAGUGAGCAGUGGAGAGCGUACUUCAACUUGGUUCUUACACUAUCUGAACACUACUGUAGGGCUGAGAAAGAAAGAGGAGUUAUGACAGUCGUGCUACGCUCUUCGCAAGUCUUGAAAAUCAACACAUUUACGACAGUUGUAGCAGUGAGACUACUUUGUAAUAUUGAUUUCACAAAGGGGUAGAGACACGUAAACUUAAUAAAUUUAGACUUACAGUGGUCAUAGAUUAAGACGACAUUUUGAAAUAGGUUCUGCAAAAAUGGAUACAGUCACAGAUUUUACUUGCUUCAGAGUUACGACAGCUAAACUAUUACGAUACAGAGUUACGAUAGCUGCACAGUUACGAUAGCUCCACUUACUACAGCUUCAGAGUUACGACAGCUAAACUAUUACGAUACAGAGUUACGAUAGCUGCACAGUUACGAUAGCUCCAGUUUCUACAGCUUCAGAGUUACGACAGCUAAAGAAUUACGAUACAGAGUUAUGAUAGCUGCACAGUUACGAUAGCUCCACUUACUACAGCGUCAGAGUUACGACAGCUAAAGAAUUACGAUACAGAGUUACGAUAGCUGCACAGUUACGAUAGCUCCACUUAUUACAGCGUCAGAGUUACGACAGCUAAAGAAUUACGAUACAGAGUUACGAUAGCU